GGCAGGAAGCUCCGGCAGGUAGCUGGCGCUGCCGGGUGAUGGCUGCAUCCCUUGAAGGAUCUUCGCCUCCACCGGACUCCUGGCGACAAUCCUGGGGUCAUUCUUUGCAAUAGCUGCUCUUGCAAUCUUAACUCGGGGAAAUGCAACCGAGCGACCUGCACCUUGGGGGGAAAUGCAUUCAAAAUAAAACAUUGCAGAUCCACAUGGUGCCUGCAGGUCGGAAAGGAACGCUACAGCAAUAUAAAAUUUAGAGCUCCUCGAGUACCUAGACAGAGAUCCGCAGUUUCACAGGCAAGGACAAGCUUAUUGAAUAGUAGCAGAGGCGAGAGAGGGAGAGCCCGUGCUAAGAGCGGGGCUGAAACGGAAACCCGAGGUUUCACACUGCUGUGUGUAACUGCGAGCUUACUGUCUGAACCUCACUUCCUCUCUCUUUCCCUCUUUACGAGGGGACAUUGCCAUUUCUCUCGUUGUGGAUGCGGGGUCCUGACUCGGGAGUUGCUAACCAAAGCUGGACUGUUUGCGACUUCUCACCCUCAUGUGGAGAUUCGGACAUGGAUUUUAUUGGCUGUGAAAUCAUUUGGAAUCAUCGGGUUGAAAGUGGAGACUCUCACGCGAACAUCUUAAAGGAUUUUAUUUUUGGUCUUUGAGUGUCUUUGGGGUAGGACCCCUGGCUUCUCUUUUUGUCCCCUUUAUACUGUUAUAUUUUUCUUGAUUAAUUUGGACUGUUGCCCCUUGGUCAAUCCUGGAUAGUGUGAAGUUCAACGUGUUGAAGCACUUUCCUGGGUCCAGGAUGGGGAAUGCAGCCGGGAGUAUGGAAGUUUCCCCGGGGAAGGAGAUCAAGACUCAGCAGGCGACCGUCCCCAAGCAGCCGGUGCCGAUUAACGAGGGGGAGCUGGAGGAGAGGUUCUCUCAAGUGUUGAAUUGCAUGAACCUACCUCCAGACAAGGUGAAACUGCUGAAUCAAUAUGACAAUGAGAAGAAGUGGGAACUUAUCUGUGAUCAGGAACGCUUCCAGGCAAAGAAUCCUCCUCAUGCUUACAUCCAGAAACUAAGGAGUUUCCUGGACCAGGGUGGAGUCAGAAAGUUCAAGAGACGAGUGCAGGAGUCAACCCAGGUCCUACGAGAGCUUGAGAUUUCAUUGAGAACUAAUCACAUUGGUUGGGUACAGGAGUUCUUAAAUGAGGAGAACAAAGGGCUGGAUGUGUUGGUGGAGUACUUGUCCUUUGCACAAUGUGCUGUCACAUCUUUUAAAGAAACUGCAUGGAAUUUUGUGAGGAGUUUGAGUUAUGUGGAAAGGCAUGACAUGGAGAGUACGGAUAAUGGAGGAAUUGCUUCCGAGAAAAGUAAGCCCUUGGAUAGAUCUGUAGAAGAUCUCAGUAGAGGCAACUCACCGACGCAUGGGUCUUCCAGAGCCAGUGGGCGUCAUCUUACUGUCAGGCACAACAUGCACAGCAGGAAAGCACUGCGGAACUCCCGGAUCGUCAGCCAGAAGGACGACGUCCACGUCUGCAUCAUGUGCCUUCGUGCCAUCAUGAACUACCAGUCUGGUUUCACCCUGGUGAUGGAACAUGAGCAAUGUGUGAACGAAAUCACCCUCAGUUUGAACAAUAAGAAUGCAAGGACGAAGGCGCUGGUGUUGGAGUUGUUGGCUGCAGUGUGCUUGGUGCGAGGGGGACAUGACAUCAUCCUUGCAGCCUUUGAGAACUUCAAAGAGGUCUGUAAGGAGAAGGUGCGCUUUGAAAGGCUCAUGGAAUAUUUCCGGAAUGAGGACAGCAACAUUGACUUCAUGGUCGCCUGUAUGCAGUUCAUUAACAUCGUCGUGCAUUCUGUCGAGGACAUGAACUUCCGGGUCCAUCUGCAGUUUGAAUUCACCUUGCUGGGACUGGACGAGUACCUCAAUAAACUGAAGCCAUCGGAAAGUGAGAGGCUGCAGGUUCAGAUCCAGGCGUACCUGGAUAACGUGUUUGACGUUGGUGCACUGCUGGAGGAUGCAGAGACCAAGAAUGCAGUGCUGGAACACGUUGAGGAACUGCAAGGACAAGUAAAUCAGCUGACGGAAAAGCUGCAGGAAGCCGAGAAUGAUUCCAUGAUGAAGAUUGCGGAGUUGGAGAAACAGCUGAUACAGGCCCACAAGGAGGUGGAAGUUCUCAAGGAUACAUACAGUGAUUCCACGGCAAAGUUGCAGUCUCUGCAGGCACAGGUGACAGACAGUAACAAAUUGGUCCAGCAGCACUCCUCCUUGGAGCAGAAACUCUUACAGAUGGAACAGCAGGGUCUGCUCAAGAUCCAUCGUGGAGACAACGGAGACCUCAACAUAGAUAUCAUUCCAGUUGUGGUGAAGGAAACAGUCGUAAUCACAGAACCUGCAGCCAAGCCUGAACCCAAGCAAGAUUUUCGUCCGGUGCCAGCUGUUCAGGGUGACGUUACUGAGACCGACAAUUCAGGAGCAGAUCAUCCCCCUCCUCCCCCUCCUCCUCCCAUUCCUUCAUCAGCGGAGACCAUCGUCGCUCCACCUCCUCCUCCUCCUCUACCCAAUGUGGCUGCCAGUGAGACUGCAGGUAUACCACCACCCCCGCCCCCACCGCCGCCUCUCCCAGGAGCUGGAGUCCCACCCCCACCCCCACCCCCACCACCACCUGGGGCUCUCCCGUCAGGAGUGCCCCCACCCCCUCCCGCUCCAGGAGCAUCAGGAUCCUUCUUCAAUGCAGCAACGAAGGUCACCACAGCUUUGAAGGUAAAGCAGCCAAUUAAAACUAAGUUCCGAAUGCCUCUCCUGAACUGGGUGACACUGAAACCCACGGAAAUUGAUGGAACAGUCUUCCAUGAGUUGGAUGAUGAGAAGCUGCUGCAGGAGCUGAACAUGACAGAGUUUGAGGAGAAGUUUAAGACCAAGGCACAGGGUUCAUCGGUGAAUAUCAACACAAUGAAAAUAAAGGUUUCCCAGAAAGCAAGCAGCAAAGUCAGUUUGAUUGAGUCGAACCGAGCGAAGAACCUGGCCAUCACACUGCGCAAAGGAGGCCUAAGCUCUGAUGAGAUCUGCAAGGCCAUUGAGGACUUCGACAUGCAGUCACUCAACUUGGAUUUCAUGGAGCUCCUGACCCGUUUCGUGCCAACCGAUUACGAGCGUAAAUUGCUGCAGCGGUACGAGGCAGACAAGAAGCCGCUGGAGGACCUGGCCGAGGAAGACCGCUUCAUGAUCAAGUUCAGCAAGAUCCCAAAACUCACCGAUCGGAUGAAAAUUAUGACCUUUAUGGGAAACUUCAACGACAAUCUGCAGCUGCUGUUGCCGCAACUAAAUGCAAUUAUUGCUGCAUCGAUGUCCAUCAAGUCAUCGGUGAAACUGAAGAAAAUCCUGGAGAUAAUUUUAGCAUUUGGAAACUACAUGAAUAGCAGUAAGAAAGGAGCUGUUUAUGGCUUUCGACUGCAGAGCCUUGACUUGCUUCUUGAAACCAAGUCAACGGAUCGAAAACAGACUCUAAUGAACUACAUUGUGGAUAUAAUUCAGAAAAAAUAUCCUGAACUCAAUACCUUUCACACCGAGUUGUUGUUUGUGGAGAAAGCUGGUGCAGUGUCACUUGACAAUGUUAUUCAGGAUGUGCGGUCAUUACAGCAGGGGAUGGAACUCACCCGGAAGACGUUCAUGGUUCAGGAUACCAGCUUAAUCCUGAAGGAGUUCAUGAGCACCAACUCUGAGAAAGUGGACAACUUAAUGAAGGACAGCAAAACUGCACAGGAGGCUUACCAGUCUGUUGUUGACUAUUUUGGGGAAGAUGUGAAAAAAGUGCCUCCAAAUAUGUUCUUCCCAUUCUUUUUGCGGUUCAUCAAGGCCUAUAAGCAAGCCGAGCAUGAAAACGAGGUCCGAAAGAAGCAGGAGGAAAUGGUAACCCAGGACGCCGGGGAGACAGGAUCACCCUCAAGCAAAGGACAACCAGAUGAGAAGCCUCUUCCUGUGAAGAAUAAAGCCCCUCACAUGGACCUGAUGGCCGAGCUGAAGAAGAAGCAGCAAGGGAAAGAGAGGAUGGUUUAUGAGGGCAAGGAUGGAGCAAUUGAAGAUAUUAUCACAGAUCUACGCAACCAGCCGUAUAGACGUGCAGACGCCAUGAGGAGGAGUGUUCGGAAGAGAAUGGACGAACAGAAUCUUCGCGUAUCUGGAGAAGUCUCAUUAUAACCAGUUGUUUGAGCUGUCGGGGGGGGAGGGGGUUCAAGUAAUCAAUUCAGAGAACCAAUAGACACCAGGGGUAAACUUGCAGCACUUAGCUAUGUACUGUACAGUAAUUCCAACUUCAUAAGGCUUCACAUUUGUAACUACAAUAAGAUUCAAUUGCUGAAAUUAGAUAUGUAACCAAUAGUGAUAUCUGUGGUGUAGAGAUAAUGCAAAACUGAUUAAAGGUUUGAGGAAUCUUGUAAGAAUGGGAAACUGGUGGAGAAGAGGAGACUCUAAUUUGUCUUCCUCUGUGAGAAGCCUCAUUACAACCCCACCUUGGCAACUUCACCGACUGGCCCACUGGUAACAACUAAAGACUGGAACUGUCAAUUGGUUAGCUGGUGUUAUUUACAUAAUUACACUGCUUUAGCCACCAUGCUUUGCAUAUUCUGCAUUUAAAAAUUGUAUGCCAGAAAAUAAAUAAUACUUGGAAUAUUUCAGGUGUAUUUUCCCAGAUAUAGGCAAUCAAAGGGAGACUCAAUUCAGGAUAGGGGGUCAGCUGGAGUCUGUGACAUAACAAUUUAGAUAUUUUUAUCCCAGUUGAAUGGAAAACCCUAAUUUAUCAACAGUGCUGUAGAUGUUUGAGGGAUGAUUUUUAUCCUCAGUCAUUCAGUGAUGUUGGACUGUUUGGCUCAGCUAAUAAUGGAUUAUCAUAAAACAAUCUUUUUAUAUUAAUAUCAUCUCUUUUCAAAAUAUUCUAAUGCUUUAAAUAAUUCAAUUUUAUAAUGCAGUCUUUGAAGUCCACCAUGAGAGAGUUGACCAAGUGAACAACUAGAGGCUUGGAAUGCCUGUUGUGUGUUGGAGCUGACUAUCACACCACAAUGAAGUUCAGCAUCCACAGAAAAGUAAAAUCUAUGACUUGAAUGGCAGUUCAGCAUAUUACAAUGAUGUAUCAAGAUCUGUGAGCCUUAAGCCUAUGGAGUAAGGCUUUUUCAUUGGAUAUUUUAAAUAAACCUUAAAUAAAAUGCUUUUUCAAGAAAGGGACAAUAAGGCUCAAAAGGUUAGAUACAACUUUACUAUUUGCCCUUGUUGGGCCGUCAACAACCAGCAAUCACAGCCUGAAGUUAUGGGGUUAGCCAUUCUGAACUGAGAGGAGGAGGAAUUUCUUUAUCCUUCGAGAACUGUGGAGGCUCAAUCACCCAGUAUAUUUAAGAUAAAGAUUGGUGGAUUUUUUUAAUAUAUUAAGAUGUAUAAAAGAGGCAGUUAGAGAAAGAGACGAGCUAUAAGGUGAUAAGAAGAGACACAAAGGCUACAUAUGUGAAUACGAAAGGGAGGUGAUCAUUGGAACCAGAUAAGGGAAGGGUGAUGGGCAAUUUAAACCAGGAGGUACUGUACAGCGUGUGGGCAAAAGGCAGAUGGAAUCAGUGGGGGAGAGGAACACAAGAAUGUUGGCAUAGACACAGUAGACCGAAUGGCUAACUCCUGUUUUAUUUCUUAUUCUCCUAUGCAGCCUUUAUGAUUGGCAUCAGUACCAGAGUUCAGUACCGAGUCAGUCCAUUCCAUUUCCUCAAUUACCUCAUCCGUCAGAACACCAGAUGGAAUAUUGUCACCAAAAUAGAAAAUGCUGGAAACACUCAGCAGGUCAGACAGUGUCUGAGAAAACUUAAACAGGUUCAAUUUUUCACGUUAAGUCUCCCUUCAUCUUCUGAAACAUUAACUUUGAUCCACUCUCAACAGAUGCUGCCUGCUGAGUGUUCCCAGCAUUUUCUGGUUUUUGUUUCAGAUUCUCAGCAUCUGCAGUGUUUCUGAUUUUCAGUUUUAAUAUCCUUGGCUCAAUGUAGAGAAAAUUUAACUCAUUGUACUACUGAUAGAAACUUAUGAUACAGUUAAACAAAGGGCUUUUACACACACAAUUAGUUCCAAGACUUGCAAUAUUUUAGAGCCUGCAUUGGUGGCUCAGGUUCUGUCCUGACUUCAUGCUAUCUAGAUGGUGUUUUUAGGUUCUCGUAGAUGAGCUUAACGUGGGCACAUAGGAUUACCGUAGAAGUGCUUCAGGUCUUAUUCUAACCUACUGUAUAUUGAAAGGAAGGCCUAGAUAAAGUGGACAUGGAGAGGAUGUCUCCAAUAGUGGGAGAGUAUAGUGCCAGAGGGAACAGCCUCAGAAUACAUGGAUGUCCAUUUAGAAAAGAGAUGAGGAAUUUCUUUAGCCAAAAGGUGGCGAAUCUGUGGAAUUAAUUCAUGUUUAAAGUGGUGGUUGAUAGGCUCUUGAUAGGUUAGGGUGUCGAAGGUUACAUGAAGAAGGCAGAAGAAUGGGGUUGUGAGGGAAAAUAAACCAGUCAUGAUGGAAUGGUGGAGAAGGCUUGAUGGGCCGAAUGUCCUAAUUCUGGUCCAAUGUCUUAUGGUCAGCAUGGAUACAAUGAGCAGAACGGGCCUGUUCCUCUUUGAUUUUUCCACAUCUCUUCAGGGUACAAAUGUUUUCCUCAACUGUUCCAUUGGUCUCUUGUAAGAGUUAUUCCAUAUGUAAAGAAUUCCUUUUGAACUUCAGAGUAUGCAUCCUUAGUCAAUGCUGUCAGUCAUGGUGGAUCUUCUAAGGUGCUCAUUCAGAUAGGGAAAACAAUUGCUUUAUGGCAGUGAUAAAGCUAAAUGCAUUGAUAGUCACGCGGUCCCUGAUUAAAUUUGUUUUUAUAUAUCAA